AUGUCCAUGUUUCAUAGACAAGGUUCUUGUGGAGGACAAGUCUUUGGUCGAAAAUGGUCAGACAGAACUACAUUAUCAAAAAGUAGUUGGUUAAGUAGAGUACAAAGAUUCUAUAGUUCAGUUUAG